CGGCCCCGGCCGCGCCGCUGAGAAACGUUCAUUGCCUCCGCGGCCCCGUCGGGCAGAAGGCGGCUCUGCAGCGGCGCUGCAGGACACCUCGCAGCAGGAGACCUCAGCGCGGGGCCCCGGCGUGAGGCGCGCAGUAAUCCGAGCCCCCGUCUGGCCCAUGGCGGGGCCGCAGCAUCCCGGGGAGGGCUGCUCCUACCACAACACUAACUGCUUGGAGCGGCCGCUGAGGCGGCUUUUCGAAGGGCUGGGGAGCGGCGUGGCUGCCUGCCCCUGGCCCUUCGUGCUGGUGCCGCUGCUGCUGUCUGGCGGGCUGGGCUCCGGCUUCCUCUUCUUACAGCAGCGGCAGGCAAACGACAUCGAGGGGCAGUUCACACCGACCGGGGGACCCGCCAAGGCUGAGCGCGAUUUCGUGCUGCAGCACUUCCCCACGAACGACUCGGAGCUGUUCUCCAUCCAGCAGCUGCCCACCGAGGGUGCCUACGCCGCCCUCAUCGCUGUGGCGGCGGACGAGAGCUCGGUGCUGGACGCGACGGAGCGGCACGAUGUGCAGAAGCUGGACAAGGCGGUGCGCGACCGCGGCUACGAGCAAGUCUGCGCCCGCAUCAACGGCGUCUGCGUCAGCCCCAACCCGCUGCUGCCGAUGCUGGGCGACGUGGAGGCGGCCGACCUGGGGGAGCUCAUCUUCCCCGGGAGGGGCCCGUUCUUCCUGGGCACUGCGCUGGGCGGCGUGCGGACGGACCCCAGCGGGCGGGUGCUGUCGGCGAGGGCGCUGAAGCUGGUGUAUUACCUGCGGGAGGACGGCCCCGAGGCGGCGAAGAGCAGGAGGUGGCUGGAAGACUUCUUGCAGGACGCCCCGUCGGACCUGGCGGCGAUGAACUUCACCUCCAUUCAGGUGACUUACUUCACCUCGCUGUCCAGACAAAUGGAGUUUGAGGGAAACACCAAGAGUGUGAUCCCACUCAUCUCCAUAACGUAUUUCUUGACAAUAACUUUUUCAGUUGUCUCCUGCCUAAGACUGAGCUGUAUAAGAAAUAAUGUCUGGCUUGCAUGCUUUGGAGUGAUUUCUUCAGGUUUAGCUGUAUUAAGCAGCUUUGGAUUGCUGCUCUUCUGUGGAGUGCCAUUUGUGAUCACAGUAGCGAACGCACCAUUUCUUAUUCUAGGAGUUGGUGUUGAUGACAUGUUCAUCAUGAUCGCUUCCUGGGAACAAAGUUUAAGAAAGAAAGAUAAAUCCGAUGUUAAAUCUCUGCUGGCUGAUACCUACUCAGAAGCAGCACUUUCUGUGACCAUCACCACCCUCACAGAUGUUUUGGCCUUCUUCAUUGGCACCUGGACUGCCUUCCCAUCUGUGAGAUCAUUUUGCCUCUAUACAGGCACUGCCUUUGUCUUCUGCUAUAUAUAUACCAUGACCUUCUUUGGGGCAAUUACUGUAUUAAAUCAUAAAAGGGAGCAAGGAAACCGUCACUGGCUAACUUGUAUGCCUGUGGGAGUAGGUAAAGACCAGGCUGAGAAGUCCUGCCUAUACAAUGCUUGCUGUAUAGGCAACUGCUCUAGGCAGUCAUCUCAGCCAGAAAGUGAACACCCAAUGAGCGUGUUCUUUACAAAGUAUUAUGGCCCUUUUUUAACAAAUAAAUGGAUCAAGCCACUUGUGGUAUUGCUGUACGGAGCGUAUUUGGGUGGCAGCAUUUAUGGAUGUACUCAGAUCAGGGAAGGUAUCGAUCUUCGAAACCUGGCAAAUGAUGAAUCUUACGUUAUUCCAUACUAUGACGACAACGACAAAUACUUCUCAGCAUAUGGGCCCAGGGUCAUGGUGGUUGUUACUGAAAGUGUAGAUUACUGGAAUGAGACUGUUCGUCUUGGCAUUGAGAACUGCAUGCAGGAUUUAGAGGGCAUUUCCUAUGUAGAUAAGAAUUUUUCAGAGUCAUGGCUAAGGGCAUACACAGAAUAUGCCAAACAACAGUCACUAAAUAUAAAUGAUAAGGAUAUCUUCAUUAGUAACUUACCUGAACUGUUCCAGUAUGUUCAGACUUUUGAGUGGGACAUUGACAAGACUCGCGAUAAAAUAGAAGCUUCACGUUUCUUCAUCCAGACGGUGAAUGUGACCUCAGCCAUCGAUGAGAAGAAUCUUGUAACUCAGUUGAGAGAGACAGCCGAGAAGUGCAGUAUUCCAUUAAUAGUGUACCACCCAGCAUUCAUCUACUAUGAUCAGUACCUGGUAAUAGUGCAGAACACCAUCCAGAAUGUCAUUGUUGCUGCUGGGGCAAUGCUUCUUGUCUCCCUUCUGCUUAUUCCCAACCCAUUGUGUUGCUUGUGGGUGACUUUUGCUAUAGCUUCUGUUAUAGUUGGUGUUGCUGGCUUCAUGACAUUUUGGAACGUCAAUCUAGAUUCCAUAUCCAUGAUCAACCUGGUCAUUUGUAUAGGGUUUUCAGUGGAUUUUUCUGCUCAUGUUUCCUAUGCCUUCGUUGUGAGUAGAGAGUCAUCAGCCAACAACAGGGCAAUUGACGCUCUGUCCCUGCUAGGUUACCCAGUAUUACAAGGUGCAGUUUCUACUAUAUUAGGAGUAGUUGUCCUGGCUGCAGCAAAAACCUACAUCUUUAGGACAUUUUUCAAGAUCAUGUUCCUUGUUAUUUUGUUUGGGGCUCUUCACGGUCUUGUUUUUAUUCCAGUGUUUUUAACCUUUUUUGGAAACUUUGGCAGAUCACCCCACAAUACCAGAUCUAAAACAGAAGUGCCUAGGUAUAGAGAUAAUGAAGAUUGUCCGUGACCAAGUUAAAAGUGAAAUAUUUAUAUUAAUUCAAUGUAAAUGUAAACAAAUCAUUUGUAAAUGUGAAAUACGUAUAUUUAUUAUGCGUAGAAUAAAAUGCAGUGACUUUCAGAGAAGAGAAUGGAGAAAAUGAAGGACAGAAAAAUAAAUACACCAGGGAAGCAAAGGCUUCAGAAAAGCCAGGCAA